CAGGCGACGACGCGCCGGAGGUCCGGCCGAGGGAGGGAGGGAGCGAGUGAGCGAGAGAGAGAGAGAAGGAGAGAGAGAGCGAGCGGGGCCGGAGCUGCCGCUGGAGCCCGCGGCGCCGAGCGAGGGUCUUCCCACUGAACUUGGAGCUCACAGUUUAUUUGGUGAGUCGCAAGGAUCCCUGUCUCCACCCGCCGCAGCGCUGGGGCGACAGGCAGGCUUUCAUGCAUGAGCUCCAGGGCCCUUCUCCCAUUACAACCCUCUGCUGUCCAUAACUGACACAGUUCUCGCUCGCUGACGGGUGAACAGAACUCACCGUGCUUCACGCCCACCCUCACAGAGCUUCUUGUCUGUAGAAGUCCUUGUGCAGAUGUUUGACUAGAGAGAGAACUUGCUUCGGGGGAGCUCUUGGGUCCCGGUUUUCUUCUAGUGAACUUGGAGCCUUUGAAAUUUGACGUCUCGGAUGAUCUUACAGCGAUCCCAGCCCUGAAUAAAAUCAUACGCCUUUCAAGUGUUCUGUAGCAACACAAAAGUCUAAAAUAGAUUGUGAGCCAUGGCUAUGUGGAUACAAGCUCAGCAGCUCCAAGGAGAUGCCCUUCACCAGAUGCAAGCCUUAUACGGUCAGCACUUCCCCAUCGAGGUGCGCCAUUACUUGUCCCAGUGGAUCGAAAGCCAAGCGUGGGACUCAAUAGAUCUUGAUAAUCCACAGGAGAACAUUAAGGCCACUCAGCUCCUGGAGGGCCUGGUGCAGGAGCUGCAGAAGAAGGCGGAGCACCAGGUGGGGGAAGACGGCUUUCUGCUGAAGAUCAAGCUGGGGCACUACGCCACGCAGCUCCAGAACACCUAUGACCGCUGCCCCAUGGAGCUGGUCCGCUGCAUCCGGCACAUUCUGUACAAUGAACAGAGGCUGGUCCGGGAAGCCAACAACGGCAACUCUCCGGCCGGAAGUCUUGCUGACGCCAUGUCCCAGAAGCACGUUCAGAUCAACCAGACAUUCGAGGAGCUGCGCCUGGUCACGCAGGACACGGAGAACGAGCUGAAGAAGCUGCAGCAGACCCAGGAGUACUUCAUCAUCCAGUAUCAGGAGAGCCUGCGCAUCCAAGCUCAGUUUGCCCAGCUGGCCCAGCUGAACCCCCAAGAGCGCCUGAGCCGGGAGACGGCCCUGCAGCAGAAGCAGGUGUCCCUGGAGGCCUGGCUGCAGCGCGAGGCCCAGACCCUGCAGCAGUACCGCGUGGAGCUGGCCAAGAAGCACCAGAAGACGCUGCAGCUGCUGCGCAAGCAACAGACCAUCAUCCUGGACGACGAGCUGAUCCAGUGGAAGAGGCGGCAGCAGCUGGCCGGGAAUGGGGGACCCCCUGAGGGCAGCCUGGAUGUGCUGCAGUCCUGGUGUGAGAAGUUGGCCGAGAUCAUCUGGCAGAACCGGCAGCAGAUCCGCCGGGCUGAGCACCUGUGCCAGCAGCUGCCCAUCCCCGGCCCCGUGCAGGAGAUGCUGGCCGAGGUCAAUGCCACCAUCACGGACAUCAUCUCCGCCCUGGUCACCAGCACAUUCAUCAUCGAGAAGCAGCCCCCUCAGGUCCUGAAGACGCAGACCAAGUUCGCUGCCACCGUGCGCCUGCUGGUGGGCGGGAAGCUGAACGUGCACAUGAACCCCCCGCAGGUGAAGGCCACCAUCAUCAGUGAGCAGCAGGCCAAGUCCCUGCUCAAGAACGAGAACACCCGCAACGAUUACAGUGGGGAGAUCCUGAACAACUGCUGCGUCAUGGAGUAUCACCAGGCUACGGGCACCCUCAGCGCCCACUUCAGAAACAUGUCCCUGAAACGGAUUAAGAGGUCUGACCGCCGUGGCGCAGAAUCCGUGACGGAAGAAAAAUUCACCAUCCUGUUUGACUCGCAGUUCAGCGUUGGUGGAAAUGAGCUGGUCUUUCAAGUCAAGACCCUGUCGCUCCCAGUGGUGGUGAUCGUUCAUGGCAGCCAGGACAACAACGCGACCGCCACUGUCCUCUGGGACAAUGCCUUUGCAGAGCCUGGCAGGGUGCCAUUUGCCGUGCCCGACAAAGUGCUGUGGCCGCAGCUGUGCGAAGCUCUCAACAUGAAAUUCAAGGCUGAGGUGCAGAGCAACCGGGGCCUGACCAAGGAGAACCUGGUGUUCCUGGCGCAGAAACUGUUCAACAGCAGCAGCGCCCACCUCGAGGACUACAACGGCAUGUCCGUGUCCUGGUCCCAGUUCAACAGGGAGAACCUGCCGGGACGGAACUACACUUUCUGGCAGUGGUUUGACGGCGUGAUGGAGGUGUUAAAAAAACAUCUUAAGCCUCAUUGGAAUGAUGGGGCUAUCUUGGGUUUCGUGAACAAGCAACAGGCCCACGACCUGCUCAUCAACAAGCCAGAUGGGACCUUCUUGCUGAGAUUCAGUGACUCGGAAAUUGGAGGCAUCACCAUUGCCUGGAAGUUUGAUUCUCAGGAAAGAAUGUUUUGGAAUCUGAUGCCUUUUACCACCAGAGACUUCUCUAUCCGGUCCCUGGCUGACCGUCUGGGGGACUUGCAUUACCUUAUCUACGUGUUUCCGGAUCGGCCAAAAGACGAAGUGUAUUCCAAAUACUACACGCCAGUCCCCUGCGAGCCUGCCACUGCUAAAGCAGUCGACGGCUACGUGAAACCGCAGAUCAAGCAAGUGGUCCCUGAGUUCGCGAGUGCAUCCGCAGACCCUGGCGCUGGCCCGACCUACAUGGACCAGGCCCCCUCCCCGGCGGUGUGCGCCCAGGCUCACUACAACAUGUACCCACAGAACCCUGACUCGGUCCUUGACACCGAUGGGGACUUCGACCUGGAAGACACGAUGGACGUGGCGCGGCGGGUGGAGGAGCUCUUGGGCCGGCCCAUGGACAGUCAGUGGAUCCCGCACGCGCAGUCAUGACCCGACCUCGCCAUCUUCAACUUCGUCAUCCCUGCCCGAGGAACUCCUCUUGUGGAUGGUUUAAUUCCAUGAAUCGCUUCUCUUUGGAAACAAUAUUCAUAAUGUGAAGUGUUAAUACUAGUUGUGACCUUAGUGUUUCUGUGCAUAGUGGCACCAGUGAAAGGAGUGAGUAUACGUUGUGAGUGUGAGUGUGCGUGUGUGAGUUUGCACCUUGUGGUUUUGUUUUGUUGUGGGUUUUUUGGGUGUGUGUGUGUGCGCGCGCGUGUGUUUGUGUCUUCUGUUCCUUGCUGUCCAGAGUCUAGCUGUGGCACCUGGGCACCAGAGGCUGGGCUUGUUUUCACCUUGUGCUUAAAAAGGCAGCGAGUUCUAUGAACCCUGGAACCCGGCCAUGUGUCGUAAAGGUGGCCGAACUUCGACAUGUGACUGUUCACGCAAAGAAGGACAAAGGGAGGAAAAGCCACCUCCUCUCUGGGGAGUCUUCAUCUCUCUGCCAGGCAGUCCGUGCAGACUGCCAUCGUCUCUGCCUAUCGACUGCCUUUUGGCAAAGAAAGCCAGUCCUCCCGUGCCCCCUCUUCUCUGCCCGCGCGGGGCCAAGAAGGUGGUUGAGCGCAGUCACAGGUUUUGUGGACGGGUGAUGGUUUUCUCCCAUCCCACUGAACCCAUCCUGACACCAUGUCUUUGUUCUGCUCUUCUCCCCCCCCCCCCCACCCGCCUUUGCUUAUUGUCCCUGUUUCUGGAAUUGCCACUCGGUUCUCAGUGUGUAUACCAGUGUAGUCAUGCUCGGCAAGACAGAGGGAAGGAAGGAGGGCCACCGACCAGAGAGCUGACAGUUCCUGCUUCUCUGCUCUGCCAGAGUGGCAUGGCGUGCCCAGCGGUGGCUCCAAGCUCUGGGCUUGGACCCCCGGUGCCUCCCCCUCUAGGCUUUCUGAUAAUGGCUUUUUGCAAAUGUAGAAUGAUGUUUUUGUCUCUAAAUUGAGCCUUUUUAUGUUUUCCCCUUCACAUCCUAAUUUGACAUCAAAUUUCUCUCUUCCUGCAUCAGAUCCUGGGCCAUCUGUCCCCAGGUCACCCCUUUUCCCUUCACUGUCACACACCGGCAGGAAUGUGACCUGGGCCUGGGCCAGCCUGCCAAGCAGGCAGCCACCCGCUGCAGGGUGCUGGGUGUUGGGUGCUGGUAGUUGGGGGAAAUGCAGUCAGCAGGUUUGCUGGGAAGUCUGGUGAACUGUAAAAACAAAACAAGGCUCGGUGGGCGUUUGUUCCGCAAUUUCCUUCCCAGCGUCAUGCCGGGAAGGAAGGAAGGGGCUGCGGCAGGCAGGUGGGAAGAGGGGUGAGGGGGAGCUUACCGCUCAGGCCUGCAAAGCCCCCUCGGCCCCCUCUCCAAAACAAGGACAGAGCCACACCCAGAGAGAGGAAGGCCCAAAAACCUUAUUUUUAUACGUGCAAGUAAAUAUACCUAUUUUUUUUACAAAAAUAACUUCUGAAUUUAUCAGUGUUUUGCUGUUAAAAGAAAUACUCCUCUGUAGUAAAUUAUUUAUUGGAAGAUGACUUUAAAAGCUGCUGUUCGCCUUGGCUUGGUUCCAUACACUGAUUUUUCUAUGCCUGGCAGUAGCUUCUCUGCCUCAGGUGCAUACCUGGGCACCAAUGUGGAGGGAGAGGGUGCUGAGUCCCUUCCUUCCCCCUCAGGAUUUGAUCCAAAUUCCCUCCGUGAGGUUGGGAAACAGUUGAAACCACUUGGGGACCCUGGCUUACAGAACCUUUCCCCUGCCUGUCACUCAAAUGACCCGUAUGUCUGAGCAACCCUGGCAGGGGUGUGGACUUACUUGACACACGUUCACACUGGCCUGCAUAGGGCAGAGUAUCCUGGCACCUCCGGUAGCUCCAGUCUUACUCUGCCAUUGACAUCAGGUUGGAGAGGAAGAUGUCAAAAAAGCUUUAAAAAUAAAAAUAAAAAAGGCUUUGGCACCCUUGCUAAGCUCCCCCAGGGUUUUACCCAGGCUGUGUCUAGAGAUGGGAGAGGCUUUUGACUGGAAGGUCUGCUUGCUGUCUACAUUCUGGUCUCUCUUUGCCCUGCUCCUGCACCCAGAGGAAGAAGCGAGGGCAAACCUCCGCCCCAGCCUCUCACCUGCUCCCAAUGCACGCGGGCAGGCAGGCACGCACACACGCGGGCACGCAUGUGGGCAGGCGGGCACGCACACACGCAGGCAGGCACUCAUGCACAAGUCGAGAGCCUCAGCUUGUGGCGUGGCGUGUGUGGAGCUCGGUAGAGCUGGAGGGGGCUCAAAGUGGGUAUCUCUUACAAUGAAAGUAUACUUUUUGUAAUUUUUCUUUUUACUUUGUUUAUUUCAGAUACAUAUUUAGUGUCAAGGCAGAUUAGUAAUAGCCACCAAAAAAAAAAAAAAGUAUUGUGUACAAUUUGGAGCAGUCACAAAAUUGUGUAUUUUAUGUUACAAUAAAGGCGUCUUCUGAAGGGCAA